AUGGCUCAGAAACACGGAGAACAAGAUCUCUACGAUACGUUUUUCCUACGUUUCAGUUCCAAUGAUAAAAGUGAUCAGGUCCAUGACGAUUUAUACGAAGAACUCUCGUCCAAAACCAAAGAUAUUUCUACGCAAAACAUUUGA